GCUGACGGAAUCACGACGAGUAAACGUCAAACAGACCGAUAGGAGUUCGAAGAAAAACAACUUUGUGCAUGUGUAAAAAAUAGUAAUUUGCAAAAAAAUUGUUUUAACUUAUCCGGAUUCACGGUUCAAAAAUGUCUUUCGACCUAAAAAAUGAGGCUGACGUCAAGGAAUAUCUAGAAAAGUUGGGUAUCGAGUAUCGAUUCGGGUGCUAUUCAGAAAAGAAACCAGAAGUUUGUCACCUGCUAGGCGAUUACUUGGAAGGUAUUAAAAAAGAUUUUGAAAAAGCCGCCAAAGUUUACCGGUCUAAUUGCGACGAUUAUGGGUAUGCCAGAAGUUGUCUAAAAUAUGGUAAUUAUAGUUUUCUUGGCAAGGGACGAGCCUCAGAAAAGGGUGAUCCUGUUAAAGCCUACAAAUACUACGAGAAAGGUUGCGAACUCAACGAUCCUGACGCUUGUCUACACUCUGGCCUCCUCCUGGUUUCCAAAUCGAUUCCUAAGGAUUUAAAACGAGAUGUCCCGAAGGCGUUUGAAUAUCUCAAAAAAAGCUGUGAAAUGAACAACGGCAAUGCUUGCUUUUACCUUUCCGGAAUGCACAUUUCCGGGAUUCUGAAGGACGAGUUCAAUACCGCAAAGGUGAAGGAAGAGUUAGAUCAAAAGGAAAAGGCUUUUUCGAAAAACCCAUCGUCAUUACCCCCAGCUGCUUAUGUCGUGGAAAGGGACAUGCAAAAAGCGUUUGAAUUCGCGUACAAAGCCUGCGAACUGAGAAACAUGUAUGCCUGUGCUAACCUGAGUCAAAUGUACGCCAAAGGUGAUGGUAUUGGUAAGGACGAGAAAAAAGCAGAAAAAUAUAAACAGUUGGCAAUGGAAAUGCAGGACGAGAUAAAAAAGCAACAACAGUUGAACUUCCAGCAAGGAUUGAACCCAACGUAGAUACGACAUUCCACUGUAGUCGGAACUAUUUGUAUUUUCCCAACAAUGUAUGAAGAUGAGUAGAACAAACGAAACUGGUCAUUGCUUUUUAGGUUCUACAAUUCGGUUAGUCUCGUGCAGCGUUUUUAUUGUUAUAUUUUCAAUUGUACCUUCCGACUGUCAGUUGAUUGCAGUUUGCUUAAAUGUGUGAUGCAAUAUCGACUCCGGUUGGGGAAUAAAAGCGCAUAGGAAUGUGAAUUUUU